CUGGAUCAAGACCGACCAAUCGGACUACGGAGUCGGCCUUCGGCAGUUGCCAAUCAGGAACCACUUGCCCAAUCAGCGCAGGGCACGGGCGCUUCCGGCGAUGCUGUCAGGUUGUUUUCCCCUUGUCCUUCCGGUGUGUUGCAGGCGUCGCUGAGCGUGAAUGUGGGUACCGGGAGCGGCGGAAGGAGGGGAGUGGACGGCGGGCAAGACAAUCCCCAGACGGUGCUCAGACCCAACCUGCCGGACGGAGGUUAUGGAACUGAAGGAGCCGGAUGGAAACGAGUGGAAGUACCACGGAGAGGGCAAUAGAAGUUUGGUCGUGUCCCACGUCCAGCACUGCCAAGUAUUGCGGUUCCUUAAGUUUCCCAUUGAACUACCACAGCCAAACAAGGCCUUGGAAGAAGUUCCUCACCGACUAAACAACAUAGUAGAAUUUAGUAAACAUGUGAUGAAGCCGUUAUUGGGAGAUAACUUUGUACAACCUGGGGAAGUUAUACAGUUACCACUGGAUUUUGUGAGACAACUGGCAUUGAAGAUCCAACAAGAAAGGCCGGGAUCACGUUGCAAUAAAGUAAUGGAUGUCUUCAGUGGAUACACAUUAUGCCUUCCGGAUCUCACUAAGUUCCAAACUUCCCAUCACAUAGAAAAACGACCUCCCCUCUGUAUAGAAAUUAAGCCUAAAUGUGGAUUUAUCCCUUUCUCAAGUCACAUUACCAAAGAGAUUAAACGACGUGUUUGCCGUUAUUGCAUGCAUCAGCAUCUUAAGGUGGCUAAUGGAAAGUGGAAGAAGAUGAGCAAAUACUGUCCUCUUGACCUUUUUUCAGGGAAUAAACAACGAAUGUGCAUAGCCUUGAAAAGUUUGUUGCAGGAGCCUCAGAAUAAUUUAAAGAUUUUUAAGAAUGGAGAGUUGAUAUUUGGCUGUAAAGAUGACCAAGAUUGCUUGAUGGAUCUGAAUGAACUUGCUAAUCAUUUGAAAGCAUACUUUUUCCCCACAAACGGUGUGGUUAAUGGACCACAAUGUAUCCGAACUGUUAUCACUGAACUCAUUCAAGUAAUAACAAUGGCUUUGUUAAGUACUCCUGCAGACUCCUGCAGGACAGGCGAUAUGAAGAGAACACGUAUUUCAGAGGAAAUGAGCCAAUGUGAAGCGAGUCAGUUUCGCAGGGACGUUUUAAGAAAUAAUAUUCACUCAGUGGAGAAUUCGGGCUUGCCAAAUGGCUCUGUUCUUUCUCAGAUUCUUCAAGUGCAGAUGCUUGAUAUGAUGGACAUAGAUGGAAUUUAUCCUUUAUAUCUCAGAGUUCAACAGCACUUAGAAGAAUUUCCCAAAGACAGGAGUAGGCUACAUUUAGAUGGGCCUUAUGAUGAAUCUUUUUAUGAAAGUCUAUCAGACUUUUCACAAGAUGAUGAAACAGUGGACUAUGCAGCCCGAAAGAUACAUCAAUACAGGGUUGCUACAACAGCCAAGGAUUGUUCCAUUAUGAUUGCACUUUCUCCUUGUCUUCUGGAGGAACGACCUGAACCAAGUAGCAUAAUUAGGACCUCAAGGACAUCAUUUGCAUAUUCCAUCUCUAUUCUUGAUUUGGACCCCAAACCAUAUGAGAAUAUUGCACACCAGUAUAAGUUAGAUGGGAAAAUCAUAAACUAUUAUUUGCAAAAUACAAGGACCAAGAAAGAUGUUACCAAUCCUAAUGUCUACAGAGGAUAUGAAGAAUGCACAUUAUUUUUUCAUUCUGUUAACACCACUUCUGAUUUCAAAAUUAGCCAAGAUACUGGAUUGCUGACUCUACUUGAGAAACAAUAUAUUUGACUUGAAUGUGAGUUUUUAGGUAAAUUGUUUUUUAAUUCUAUAGUGUAAGCUUUUUACUUUGUGUUUUCAGGUGACUUGAAUUUUGGAUAUGAUUAAUUUCUGUAAAUAUGUAUAAUUUGUUUAAAAAUGUUUUAAUAGUAAAUAAGUUUAAAAUAAUGGUCUUCAAUUAAAAUUGUUACUGUUCUAGCUGCUGGCUGACAAGCAACAUUUUAGAAUUGGACAAAAUAUUUUAGUUCGAAUGGUUGGCAAUCAUACCUCCAAUGUUUAGUGCCAUUUGAAUUUACACUUGUAAGUAAUAUUUAACUGGAUUGGAGAUGUUUUGCAGUUCAGUUAGUGCAGACAUCUCCAAUUGUACUUUCUAGAUAUUGAAAGUGAUCAAUCACUGUUCAUCGUUUUGUUCCUAUUACAUGACCCAUCAGUUUUUCAAAAUAAGAUUUCAAUAACUUGACAUGAAUAUUAAUGGACUUUAAGAGCAUUGUGAAUGUGGCUGAGUAGUUUGGACCUGUGGUUUUUAUCUGUUGCCACUUAGCUUGAAUAAUUGAUUUAUUUAGUAUUUAAAUUGUGUUGAAUCAUUUUUUUUAUUGACAGAACCAACAAGAGGGUGAGAAGAUAUGCUUCAUAAUACAUGUAUAUAAUCUCCAACUGCAGUAUUCUACCUUAUGGAAUAGUGUGGAUAUGGCCUUUUGAAAAGAUAUAACAAGCAAUUUCCUACUUGUUUAUGACUAUAGUGCCUUGUGUUAUUGUGAGACAUUCAAAGGUUACUGAUUUGCAAACAUCCCAUUGAGAAUUUUAAUUUGAUCUGGUCCUGAUUUACUUGUAAAAAUGUCAAUUACAACUGAUAAUGUAUUUUGUCAUUGGUACUAACCACUAUUUCAUUAUGUACUUGAGUUACUAUAUACUCAGCACUUAUUAAAAGCUGUGAAUUGAACUGCCAUUGUAAGAAUAAACUUAACUUUCAAAUGUAGUUUCCUUAAUUUCGGACUACUACGUGACAGAUGACUUGUAGAAAUCUUGUACAAAUGCAAUAGAAAUGUCCCAGUAUUUGUAAAUAUUCUUUGGCAAUUUAUAUUUAAAUGCAUAUUUAUUUUUAUGUGACAGUGCCAUAGGAGAAAUUAAUUGUAGUUGUGGCAUGUCCUGAUGUACUAGUACACUUAAUAAAUGAGUAGAAUGGA